AUGGCCGACACCGAGGAGCCCCAGUACACUACGCUAUCAGAGAGAAUCGCCGCGCUCAACAAGAACAAGACGUUUGCUGCCAAUGGGCCGCCGUCAGCCAAGCCGGCCCGGCGUGCGCCGCCGCCGCCUCCCCCAGGCCGCGCACAAACAGGCGCCGAAGGCUCGAAGCCUGUCACGCCGACAGUCCCGGUCCGGCCAACCAAGAGCAACCCCCCUCCCCUGCCGCGAAGGGACACGCAGACCUCGAUAACCAGUCAGGAUGCGGCUCGCCCACCUCUGCCGUCCAGAACGUCAUCUACCCAGCAACCCCCCGCUCUUCCUCAGCGCCAGCCUUCCACGCAACCAAACGGCUUAUUGGAUGUUCGCCGCGAUUCAACAUCCUCUGAGGUGUCACAAAACUCAACUAAGUCAUCCAAGUCUGCCGGACAGAGCAGCUGGUCCACCACGAGCCAAAACUCGGCGACGGCAGCUCCCAGAAAACUGCCACCAAUCCAACCACAGGAGACGCAAAAGCCCGUGUCAACGCCCAGUCUGCCGCCUAGGCUACCAAUCAGAGGAAAUAAGCAGGAUGCAACCCCGGCAAGGCCACGUAUCAUGGGCUUUGGUUCAUCUCAAGCCCCAAAGGCAACCACGAACGGGCAAGAUGCCGAUGGCCCACCGCCUAUCCCAACAGCCACUCGCCCUUCCGCUCUCCAGAUCAAAGAAGUCUCGUCUCGGGCGACUCAGCCUCAGCCUGCGCCGGAACUAAAUAACUGCUUCGCCUGCCGAGACUGGAGCGCACCCGAUGCCGUCGCCGCACAAUACCCAAGACAGUCGGUCCCUCGCAAUGACCCGGUAGGGUACCUGGCUCAUAAUCUGUGCUCUGCUUUCCCAUCAUAUAGCGACAAAGCUAGAGCCAUCUUUACCUGGUGUCAUCAUAACAUUGCAUACGACACCGGAGCGUUCUUUGGAAACAGUGUCAAGCACCAAACGGGGGAAUCGACCAUCUUCAGCGGUCUGGCUGUUUGUGCAGGCUAUGCGGAGACGUACAAAGCCAUUGCCAACCGAGCUGGGCUCGAAUGUGAUGUCGUAGGCGGCCACGGUAAAGGAUUUGGCUACACGCCGCUCAAAGAUGGCGAGCCCGUUCCUCGGGCAGACCCCAGCGGCCAUGCGUGGAAUGCCGUCCGGAUCGACGGCGGUGGAUGGAAGCUUCUUGACGCUUGCUGGGGUGCCGGCAACGUAGACGGCGCAACUCAGAGCUUCAACAAGGUUUUUGCGCCGAUUCAUUUCAACGCGACCAACGAGCAGUUCGGUGCUCGGCACUUUCCCGAGAAGUCAAAGUUCCAAUACCGCGAGGAUGGUCGCACCGUAAGCUGGGAGGAGUACUACAGAGGCCGUGCGAAUGGCGAGCCAGUCACAAUCUUCUCAAAUACUGCCGAGGAGGGCAUCGACAACUCCAGCAUGGAGCCUGCGAACAAGCAUAUCCAAGUCAACAGCGGCCAGAUCAUCCGAUUCCAGUUUUGCAAAAUCUGUCCACACUGGAAGUCAGAAAAGAACGGCCCAGGCAAGCCACCUCUCUUUGUUCUCAACAUUCACGGUUUAGACGGCCGCAAGGAUGACAUGGUGCCAAUUGAAACGGACGGUUAUUGGCACUGGCUUGACGUUAAUUCUCGAGAUCUCGGAGCACCGGGCCAGAAAGUCGAAGUGAUGCAAAUCACUUCUGUUGAUCACAAGGACGCCCGAGGCCUCUCCGCGCGCGACUUCUUGGCUGCCAAGGGUAGGAAAGCCAUGGCAUUUUCCUUCUUGACGCAGUGGAUACUUGAGUAA